UUAUCGGAAAUAGAUCGCGCCCGACGCUUUGCCUUUAUCGGCUCUUUAUUUAUUCCAUUUUUAUGUAUAUUUACAUUGUAUUGUCGAAAGGCAGAGAAACGAUCACAUACAUGGUCUACUAGUCUGAGCAGGACGCCGACUUAUCAGUACUGAAGUGGCCGGAUAUACCAACAGUCAAGGACUCGUCCAAUUUCGGGUGUCAUUCAUGCACACACAUACGUGCACACACACACACACACAUACACGUAUGUGUACACACAUUUACACACAACAUUUGCAACAUCCAUCCCAGUAAACCGCAUAUACGUGGUACACCUAUCUAAGUUGUCUUACAUUCCUACGUGUAUAACUUCAAUAUUUUCGCAACAUAUACUCCGCCAUGUCGAUCUUCAAUCGAUCGCAAAGCAUGGAAUCAGGUGUCACCAACGACACAACCACCACCACACUCUCACCAAGUCAUCAUAAAUCACCGUUCCAACGCUCAAUAAGCAGUGUAAGCCCGCGGAAACUCUCCAAGGACAAACCUAAGAAGAAGCACAGCAUGUCACGUGUAGGCACAUUCAAGAAAGGUUUGACAGGCAAAAGCAGUCCCGCCACGGCAAACAGGCAAAGAGCAGACAGUGAAAUGGCUAGCGUGGGAUCAUCGAGUGACAAUGAUGUGUAUGAAGGUGCUGACGGUGUCAGUGUUCCCACUGAGGUCAGUAUUGAACUCUUCACAGGAUCGAAUUUCCCAUCUGGGAACGGGCCGGUGUUGUUCAAGGCGAAGAAUAAAACAAAGGU